AUGACUCUACUCUACCAAGUGGGGUUAUUACUCCUUGUGGCAGCUAGUUUCAAGGUGUCGGCAGAAUGCUGCACACCGGGAGCCACGUCAGACUUUUGCACGGUCUUCUCGAUGCUCUCCACUAUGGAACAGAAUGAAGUGAUGAGCUAUUUAGGCGAAAACUGCGAGGGUGACGCCGACGUUGCACUGCAAAAGAUGGAGAAGAGAAAGCCAAACUUUAUGAGAUACGGUAGAUCGGCAGCCGUAAAGUCGCUGGGAAAGAAAGCCGGUUCAGACCCGAACUUCCUCCGAUUCGGACGCUCUCAACCAAACUUCUUGCGUUUCGGAAAGGCCAGCGGUGACCCGAAUUUUCUGAGAUUCGGUCGCAGCGACCCCAACUUCUUGCGCUUCGGAAAGAUUCGGAAAGCGAUCGGCGGAUCCAAACUUCUUGAGGUGACCGGGCGGCAACUCUUAUACGCCUGUCACAUCGUUUGUCUGAAGCGCGCCCAUGGCGCCGGCGGCAACGCUCUGUGCCACCAAGCGGCGGUUGGCGCCACUCGCUGGUUCAAUCCCGUCGCGGGGAUUUUCGUUUUUUAUCGAUUAUUCUCCAGUAAAAGUAAAUUUUCAGAUUCGGCCGCUCGUCGUUCGACAACUUCGACCGCGAGUCCCUAA